UUCCCAUUUCACCAUCUUCUGUCUCUUUCCACAGAGAGAGAGAAGCUGAGAGAGCUCUGAACUCUGAACUCUGAACUCUGUCUGACCCAUUCCCAUUCAUUCACUCCCAAUGCCGUCGGAAUCAGCCAACAGAAGCAGUAGGCCCCAACACAGCAUGGCCUUCCCUCCCCCUCCCCAAUCCGACCCUCUCCCCUGCCCUCGCUGCGACUCCCUCAACACCAAGUUCUGUUACUACAACAACUACAACCUCUCCCAGCCCCGCCACUUCUGCAAGUCCUGCCGCCGCUACUGGACCCACGGUGGCACUCUCCGCGACGUCCCCGUCGGAGGCGGCUCCCGCAAGAACUCCAAGCGCUCUCGCUAUCACAACAUCAACAACACCAACACUUCCUCCUCUGCCUCUGCCUCUGUCUCCUCCACCUCUGUUUCAUCUUCCACCUCUGCUUCCUCCUCCUCUGCUUCUCUUCUCCCUGCUCCCACCCUCAACAAUGACAUCAAUGUCGUUGAUGUCAAUCUCAACGACACCAUGCCCGCCCCUGGCUCCUUCACCUCUUUGCUCAGCUCCCAAGCCUCCGGAUUCCUCGCUCUUGGCGGAUACGCCUCCGCCUCCGGGUCGGGUCAUGCCCCUGCAACUUUCGACGAUAUGGGGUUCGCUCUUGGCAGGGGAUUGUGGGGUACUACGACUUGCACUUACCCUGAAGUGGGGGAUCUCGUCGGAAGCUACUCCGCCGCUGUGGCUCCGGAGACGUCUUCUUACAACACGUGGCAAAUGAAUGCCGGCGACGGCGGAAACAGCGGAGUUGUCGACGGUGAUUUGCUGGGUUGGCCAGACCUUGCCAUUUCCAUGCAAGGCAAGAGCUUGAAGUAAUAUAGUAUAACGACACACAACAACAACAACAACAAUUUCAAUGCUUUGCUUCGUGUUCCAAAA